AUGCAAAUUAUUUACCUUGUGCUAUGAAAAUAUUGCUAUUAUUAAUUCAUUGCAAUAAUAAGAGAGAGUGCAUACUCUCUUCACAUUCAGAACAUGCAAUACUAAGUAAUUCCACCACCUCCAUUAUCACUUGCACAUUUAAAUGCUGGUGGAAUUCAAGCAACUUUCAAAAAUAUCAUCAUACAAUCACUAAAGUAACUGCAAAAAUGGUAUCUGAAGCUAAGUUGCAAAAAUUCAACAGUGCCAAUUACUGAUCAAAUAUAUCCAAUUGAAUGAGGAUCUAUUAGUAAUAGAUUAACCAGAUUCAUGUGCCCGUAACAGUCACAGCGUGGUACAUUGCUGCUGUUAGUUCCAAAGUUCAUAUAUGGACUUCUUUUUACACUGCACAUGUGGUUUAUGAAUGAAGACUGAUUGCAAGAAGAAUUUAAGUGAAAAUAAGUGACAGGUUUGUGGAUAAAAGAAAGCAUAGACAAUGGCAGACACCAAUGAGAUGACAAUCAACCUUGUUGUCCUUGGAAAAACUCAGACUGGCAAGAGUGCUGCUGGGAACAGCCUGCUGGGCAGCUCAGACUUUGAGAGCCGUCGCUCCCCAAGUUCUGUGACUACAUGCUGUAGCCUUGGACGCAGCUGCCGCAUUUUGGGGAUUAUGCGAAGAAAUGGCUGCGAGCUGGCUCUCCGCGUUCGAGUACUUGACACUCCGAGCUACCCUCACAGUGCUCUGAGCAAGGAGCAGGUGAGAGACAUGGUGGGAUCAGCCCUGGCUCACCACUUCGGGGAGGAAGGCCUGCACCUGGCUCUCUUGGUCCUGCGGGCUGACUUGCCUCUGUGUCUGGAUGAGAGUAAUGAUGCAGUUCAGUUCAUCCAGGAACUUCUGGGUCCCACAUGGAAGGAUUUCACUGCAGUUUUACUUACUCAUGCAGACAAGGCAGAAGAAGCUGGAUGCAGUGAAGAAACAUACUUGCACAGUGCCUCAAGUACCCUGUUGUCACUUUUGAGCUCAGUACAGCAUAAAUACAUUUUCCUAGACAACCAGAAGAGCAUAAUUAAAGAGGAAAGAACCAUUGUCUUAAGAAAGCUCUUAAAUUUUAUAAGACAAAAUAAUUAUCAAGUGCUUUUACUUAAACACGGCAAGGAAUAAAAUAAGCUGUCAGGUGCUCAUUUGUCUAUUUUCUAUGGUAGGUAACAUUUAAUAGAAAUAAAAAAGUAGAAGCCAUCAGCUGGAAAACUCCACAUCCACACCAAAUACCUUUGAACACACAAUUAGAAAUAUCUCUUUAAAUUACCAAACUACUUGCCUUUCAUAUAAUACCUCACACUACUGCAUCCAGAAUCCUAGCUUCAACCACAAAAUCAGAAAAAGUUAGUGCUCUAAAAUCACACCCUUAAUAUGUAUGUGGUCACAAAUGAGAUUUUGCACUACAUGAGACUGUAUAUUCCAGUUCAAAUAGAAUAUACAUCUGGAAGAUGAAAAAAA